CACAUGACUACUUUUGACGGAGAAAAAAUAUAUUACACAAAUUAGAAGUUUACAACCGACGAGUAUGCUAAUGAAGUUUAAUAUUUAUUAGGGAAUUCAAUCACGAAUCAACAAUCACAGAUGCAGGAAAAAGAAUUUUGAAAUUUCUCAAAGAAUUUCAUUUCCAAGACAAAUUCGUAUACAGAGAUCAACUCAAAGAAAACGUUGCCAACAAUGAAUUCAUUUUGAGAGUUGAAAUAAAUGAUAUUGAAAACUCUGACAAAGAACUCUACUCAUUUAUUAUGGAUCGUCCACAAGACAUACAAGAAACCUUUGAAGAUAAAAUUAAAGAAGUAAUCAAUAAAUACUAAGCCUAAGUUAUAUUGCUAAGAAAAGAUGAUAAAUAAGAGUGACUGUCCAGAUUUUCAAUUGCAAUUAAUUUCAUAAUAAAAUCCAGAUUUACUUCGAAAUUUAACAGCAUAAUAAAUCGGAAAGUUGGUUACAAUCAAAUGCAUUAUCUCAGCAUCUAAGUCAAUAAAAGUGAAAGCAAAGAAAUUAUUAAUAAGAUGCAGAGAAUGUCAAGAUGAAUAAAAUAUAAAUCUUGGAUAUGGGCCAAAGCCAGUUAAUUUACCAAGAGUGUGCUUAGGAAAGUCAUAGUAAAAGGGUGCUUAAACAGAUGCAUAAUGUCCAACAGAUCCUUAUGUGAUAAUCCCAGAAGAAUGCCAAUUUAUAGAUUAAUAAACUCUUAGAAUCCAAGAGCUUUCUGAGGCAAUUCCGACAGGAGAAGUACCAAGAAACUUUAUGGUAUAUUGUGACCGUUAUUUGGUUAACAAAUUAAUUCCUGGGUAAAGGGUGAUAAUCACUGGAGUAUAUUAAGUACCUCCAAAAGGCUCAGCCACUAUUAAAAGUAAUGCAAUAGAUGCUGAAUUACUUCUCCCAUACAUUCAUGUAUUCGGAGUAUAAACUAAUAAAGUGAAUAUCAAACAAGGAUUAUCUGAGGCUUUAAGACAAGAAUUCAAAUCCUUAAGUAGAAAUAGAGAUGUCUAUAAAAUCAUUACAAAUUCGAUAGCACCAGCCAUAUAUGGUCAUGAAGAUAUUAAAUUGGCAAUUGCCUGUUUGCUCUUUGGAGGAACUUCAAAAAAUCUUCCAGAUAGUAUGAAAUUAAGAGGAGACAUCAAUGUCCUACUGAUUGGUGAUCCCAGUACAGCAAAGUCUCAAUUAUUGAAAUUCGUUGAAAGAGCAGCAGAUAUUAGUGUCUACACAAGUGGUAAAGGAAGUAGUGCAGCUGGUCUUACUGCAACAAUAACAUAUCAACAUAAUACAUCACAAUUUACUUUAGAAGCAGGUGCUUUGGUAUUGGCAAGUGGAGGAGUGUGCUGCAUCGAUGAGUUUGAUAAAAUGAGAUCAGAAGAUAGGGUUGCUAUGCAUGAAGCAAUGGAAUAAUAGACUAUUUCUAUAGCUAAAGCUGGUAUUACUACUAGAUUAAAUGCUAAAUGUUCAAUAUUGGCAGCUGCAAAUCCUAUCUUCGGUAGAUAUCAAGAGAAUAAAUCUAUCUAAGAACAAAUUGAAUUGCAAACCACUAUCUUAUCUCGUUUUGACAAUAUCUUCAUUAUUAGAGAUGUGAGAUCCAUUGAAAAUGAUUAGAGAUUAGCUAACCAUAUCAUUUCUCUCCACACAGGAUAAUUUGCUGAUCAAGAGGGAAUGCAAAUCGAAUAGGAUAGUAGCAAUACCUUAGAUCUUAUGAAAUUAAAACAAUAUGUUAAAUAUGCAAAAUCUACUGUUAAACCUUUACUCACAGAAUAAGCAGCCUAAAUGAUCCAGAAUCUAUAUGUUGAUGAUAGAUAGAAAAGUCAACAAACUCACCAUUCAAAAAGUGGAGGGAAAUCACAUAUACCAAUAACUGUUAGAUAAUUAGAAGCUAUCAUUAGAAUUAGUGAAUCACUGGCUAAAAUGCAAUUACUUGAGCAUGUCAAGGAAGAACACGUCAAAGAAGCCCAUCGAUUAUUUUAAACUUCUACAAUGACAGCAGUUUCAUUAGGAACUAAGUAUUUUCUUAUUUUAUCAUUUUAGAGAGUUUGGCCUUGAUUUAUCUAAUGACUUAAAAUAAUUAGUUGCUAAAAUUGAGGAAUCCAUUCUUAGAAGAAUAAGCAUAGGAUCCAAAAUUCCAGCAACCAGAUUGAUUUAAGAAUUAUCUGAUAGAUUCAAUAAUUAAAGGGCUGUAGAGUUUGCCAUACACAAUUUAAUUUAAACCGAAUAACUCUAAUAAGUAGAAAUGAAGAGAAUGUUGAUCAGGAAAAAAUGAUUUCUAUAGCUUUUGUGUUUUUAU